CGCUGUGCCAUUCUCUCCACUGAUCCAGCGCCACUCCCUUCACUUGAUAUCUGUUUACUUUAGAGGAGACAGAUUUUGCAAAAGGAUCAUAAAUAUCCUGGCCCAGUGCCCCAGGAGUCAUGACAAGCAAAAGAACAUACUCUCCUGGAGAUAGCCUUUGUGAUAUUUAAAUGUCUGUGGGCACAGAAAUCUCUGCAGGCAAGUUACUCCAGAGCAUAUUGCAGGACAAUCCUAUAACGAAUAGUUAAAUUCACGGCAUCUGGAUUCCUGAUCAUUUUCCGAAAUGGCAGGUGUGAGUGGCUGUAUAAAAUAUUCUAUGUUUAUCUUCAACUUCUUGUUCUGGCUAUGUGGUAUCUUGAUCCUGGCAAUAGCAAUAUGGAUACGAGUAAGCAAAGAUGGUCAAGAGAUUAUCAGUUCUGAAAGUUCUGGCACUAACCCCUAUGUUGCUGUGAACAUCCUGAUUGCUGUGGGUGCCAUCAUCAUGAUUCUAGGCUUCCUGGGAUGCUGUGGUGCCAUGAAAGAAAGCCGUUGCAUGCUUCUCUUGUUUUUCAUAGGCUUACUUCUGAUACUGAUCCUGCAGGUUCUGGCAGGUAUCCUAGGAGCUGCUUUCAAACCUGAGUCUGAUCGCAUUCUGAAUGAAACACUUUAUGAAAAUGUGAAGAUUUUGAGUGAAACAGAUGAGAGUGCAAAAGCAUUCCAGCAAACCCUGACUGAGUUUCAAGAAGAGUUUAAAUGCUGUGGUUUGGUCAAUGGAGCUGCUGAUUGGGGAAAUAAUUUCCUACAACAUUACAAGUCAUGUGAAUGUUCAAAUAUGCAAGAUUCUUCUUGCAUAACUUAUGAAGGAAAACAUGUUUACAAACAGCCGUGUAUUUCUUUCAUAAAAGACUUAGUGGCAAAACAUAUUAUCAUAGUUAUUGGAAUAGCAUUUGGACUGGCAGUUAUUGAGAUCCUUGGUUUGGUGUUUUCUAUGGUCCUGUUUUGCCAGAUUGGGAACAAAUGAAUUUGUGGAUGUGUCAAGAUAUCAUCAGUCAAAACCCUUUAACAUUUUACUUUGACUUUGUACCUUUAAAUCUAUGUGCUACAUAUGUCAGGAACAGCUGUCCUAUUAAAAUUUCACAUUUAGCUAUACCACAGAUUUCUUCUAGACAUAUUGAACAUAUUCAAGAUUUGAGAGACAUAGGCAAGUAAUGUGAAUGUGUAUUUUUACUCAAAAUAAAAAAAUAAUAAUGUUUACACUGGUGCUUUUCCAUGUCUGAUCAUUGUGUUUAGGCAGUACUUUGUUUAAAAUGUUCUUUUAGAGCCACCCAGUGGAAUACACUUCAAGUGACAGAGCUAUAGAUAGUUAAGAUAACAAAUCUGGGAUCUUUUAGAAACAACACUCUCUUCUGUGCAGUGUAUCAACAAUUGAUGAUAAGACUGAAUUAAGUCAGAUGCUGAAAUAAGUGAGAAUGGGCCAGUUAAAAGAAGAGCCAUUUCUUUUCUAUUAUGUCAAUGACUACUCAUGGUGUCUCUCUUUUGCUACAUAUCUAUUGUGGGGACAAGAAGAGCUGAGUGUUCACUUCUUAACCAUUGACUCUCUAGCACCUUUCUGGAUCUUUCUCUGGGACACAGCAGUUAUAACUUCUUUUUCUUUAUUUCUUCUUUUUUUAAAAGUAGGAUUUAUUGAGAGGACAGAAAAGCUCCCACAGUGG